CGGCAACGGACGGCUGUGGUUCCCCUAGGACGGUGAGGCGGCUGCAGGCGCAGCUGAUAAGCAGGCUCGCAGGUAAAAGUCAUCGCGUAUUUCGCAAACACAAAUAUUCUCAGAGCCUGGAUUUCCUAAUACCGGCAGACUCCGAUUUACAGCUCGGUUGCAAUGAGGCGAAGCUCAACCACUUGUGGGAGUAGCGGUCGGCAGUCUACGAUGGUGCUGAGAGUGCAGGACAGCAACAAGAUGGGUCUUCAGACGCCUCAAAUGAAGGACAGAGGAACGUUUGGAAAGCUGAGCAUGAGCAAAACUACGUCUGCAACUUCAGAAAGGAAAGUCAGCUUUUUUGGGAAGAGAACUAGUGGGGCUGGAGGUUCACGCAACAGUCAGUAUGGUAUGUUUGGUACAGAAAAGAUCAAGGAUCCCAGGCCACUUCAUGACAAGGCAUUCAUCCAGCAGUGUAUCAAACAGCUUUGUGAGUUUCUUGUUGAGAAUGGUUACGCCCAUAAUGUCACCGUAAAAUCACUACAGUCUCCAUCUGUAAAAGACUUUGUAAAAAUCUUCACUUUUAUCUAUGGAUUUCUCUGCCCUUCUUAUGAACUGCCUGACUCAAAAUUUGAAGAGGAAAUUCCCCGAGUUUUCAAAGAGCUUGGGUACCCUUUUCCUUUGUCAAAAAGCUCCAUGUACACAGUGGGAGCACCACACACCUGGCCUCAGAUUGUGGCAGCUUUGAUUUGGUUAACUGACUGUUUCAAGUUGUAUGCUGCCAUGAGGGAAAAUCCAUCUUCAUUUGACGAUGGGCAGAACUGGGGAGGCGAAACUGAUGAUGGAAUUGUACAUAACAAGCUUUUCAUGGACUACAUUGUAAAGUGCUACGAGCACUUCAUGAAAGGGGGAGAUACUUACGAAGAAUUGGAUGCAGAAGUGCAGUCAAAAUUAAAGGAUAUAUUUAAUGUAGAUGAGUUCAAAAUAGAAGGCUUGGCAGCAGAAAACAAAAGACUUCAUGAAGAAAUUGCAAGACUAGAAAAAGAAAGGGAAAGUGAGCCGGAUCGUUUAGUAUCGCUACGAAAGCUGAGAUCUUCUUUUCAAGCAGAUGUUCAGAAAUACCAGGCUUAUUUGGCUAAUCUGGAAUCUCACACAACCAUCCUUGAUCAGAAAAUGAAAGGGGUUAAUGAAGAAGUUGAAGCAGCAGAAAUGGAAGUAGAAGCAAUGAAGCAGGAGAAUGCACGGCUCCAGCAUAUCUUUGAUAACCAAAAGUACUCAGUUGCCGAUAUCGAGAGAAUAAAUCACGAGAGAAAUGAGUUGCAGCAAACCAUUAAUAAGCUAACUAAGGAACUCGAAGCAGAAGAACAUCAACUGUGGAAUGAAGAGCUAAAAUAUGCUAGAAAUAAAGAGGCGAUUGAAACGCAACUGGCAGAGUAUCAUAAACUGGCUCGAAAGCUGAAAUUAAUUCCAAUAAGUGCUGAGAAUUCUAAAGGGCAUGACUUUGAGAUUCAUUUUAAUCCCGAGGCAGGACCAAAUUGCCUAGUCAAAUACAGAACUCAGAUUAAGGCUCCUCUUAUGGAGAUUGUAAACCAAACGGAGGAAGAAAUUAGGAAAGCCGUUCAGCGGAAAAUGAGUUUAGAGGACACUUUGGAACAGGUGAAUGCAAUGGUAACGGAGAAGAAAAGCAGUGUGAAAACACUGAAAGAAGAAGCAGAAAAGCUGGAUGAUCUUUACCAUCAGAAGCUUAAGGAAGCAGAAGAAGAGGAGCAAAAAUGUGCAAAUGAGCUGGAAUUGUUAGAGAAGCAUAAACAAUUACUUGAGAGCGGUGUCAAUGAGGGUCUCAGUGAAGCCACAAAUGAACUGCAUGAUAUUCAGAGACAAUAUCAAAUUGUUAUGCAAACAACAACAGAAGAGAGCAGGAAAGCAGGUGAUAACUUGAAUCGUCUCUUGGAAGUGAUUACUACUCAUGUAGUAUCUAUAGAGAAAUAUCUUGAUGAACAGAAUUCAAAAAUUGACAGAGAUUACGAAGAAUUCAUGUCUGAAGAUCUACUCUCAACCUUGACCGGAAUUCUAGACAGUUAUAAAAAGAAGGCUGAAAGUAUAUAAUUAUCAAAAAGCUGAAGAUGAAAAUUCUGUGCUUAUGAAGCUCCAGUGUGGUAUCUCCUAAAAGGAUGGUUAAUUCCUGCUUUUAGCAGCUAACUUGGUUUUAAUGAUAUGAUAUUGAACUUCCUUUGCUUUACUGACACACUUAUAGAAAAGGAUUAAAAUUCUUGUAACUGAAAAAACAAAAGCUUUGCUUACUCUUCCUACUGCCAAAGUAUUUCUACAGAAUUACAUCGUCUGUGACAAGGCAAUUGUGGAACAACUGAAUUUCUCUUUUUCUUUGUAAAUAGGCACCUGUGCUCUCCAGGAACAUUCAGAAAGAUGAGUAUUGUCAGCCUUUAGUUAACAGUGGACUUAGAGAUGUCACAACUGUCAAUACAGUUUGUGCAUUCUUUAAUAUUUAUAUGUACUUAACACGAGUCAUGACAGUGUGUGUCCUUCCAUAGGCCUUCAGUUUAUCAGCAAGACCAAAUGUAAAUGUCUUCCAGUCUCCUGCCUGUUAUCUAUGAAACUGCCCAGAGACCCCUCUGGUGUGUAAGAUUUUUGUUAUUUUUGUUUUAGCAAAGUCUCUUUAGAAAGAUCAGUAGUAGUUAUGCAGUAAUCCUGUAAAUUUAGAAAAUGAAAGAUAGUUUGAAAGCAAAGUUCUGCGUCUAAAUGCUUACAGUACCAGAUGAAAACUUCCUGUACUUCUUAAGUACGUUUUUGAAAUGAGCUUUAAGUAUGACAAUGUGAUUUCUGACAAUACAGCUAAUUAGUUGAAGGUAUAACUAGUCUUGUGUGCAUUGAAAUGGUCUAAAACAUCUGUGUUCUACUAGAUCAGUAAAGCAGACCAUACUGGAUUUUUCUUCCUUAGGAAGAUAAAGUUGGCAUAUGGGGAGUUCCAGUCCAAAUACAUUAAAGAAAAUGAAUAUCUCUUGAACAUGUAUUUGUCUUUCUUGUUCAAUGCCACAUUGUAAGCAGAGGCAGUAUCUGCUUGUCUACUCUGUUAUAUACCUUUUGUAUUCCUUCAAAAGUAGCCCUGGGUAGUUUAAUUUUGAAUACUGGUCAGUGAUAAAUGUCACAUUUAAGUACACAACAGAGGAACUCCACUGUCUUCAAAAAUGUUUAGUGGC